UGUCUGCCUUGCCCGGCUCGCCUGUCUCUUUGUCUGGCCACAUGGGCUGGGUGGGGAUUUCAGCCUACGGGGGCCCUGAACGUCGCCGCCACACUGGGCUGGGUCUGGGGGGGUCUUUGUUCGCUUGAACUCCACCACGAGAGUCCAGAGGAGGGGAUGGGACUCAGAACUUUGGGCGCCCGGGAAAGUUCUGGAAGACAUGGAACCUCCAGGGAGGCGGUAUCGGACAGUAUGGGAAAAGUUUUCCCUGUUCCUGGCCUCCGGAAAGUCGACGGGAACUUGGGUUGGAGCCGAGCCCAGGGGGAGGGGGCGGGGCCGUGGAGGCUGCUCUCACUCUGCCCCGCCCCCGGCCCAGAUGGGGGAACCCCGGACUGGGGCCCCCCUGGAUGAUGGCGGGGGCUGGACGGGCAGCGAGGAAGGCAGCGAGGAGGGCACUGGAGGCAGUGAGGGCGUUGGAGGUGACGGGGGCCCUGAUGCAGAGGGUGUGUGGAGCCCCGACAUCGAGCAGAGCUUUCAAGAGGCCCUGGCCAUAUACCCUCCCUGUGGCCGCCGAAAGAUCAUCCUGUCAGAUGAGGGCAAGAUGUACGGCCGGAAUGAACUCAUUGCCCGUUACAUCAAGCUGAGGACAGGGAAGACUAGAACUCGCAAGCAGGUCUCCAGUCACAUCCAGGUUUUGGCUCGAAGGAAAUCGAGAGAAAUUCAGUCCAAGCUGAAGGACCAAGUCUCCAAGGACAAAGCAUUCCAGACGAUGGCUACCAUGUCUUCAGCACAGCUCAUCUCUGCGCCGUCCCUCCAGGCCAAGCUGGGUCCUUCUGGCCCUCAGACCACUGAGCUUUUCCAGUUCUGGUCAGGGAGCUCUGGGCCACCGUGGAAUGUUCCAGACGUGAAGCCAUUCUCACAGACGCCGUUCCCCGUGGCCCUGACUCCCCCGUCCACUGACCUGCCAGGGUAUGAGCCGCCCCCAGCCCUCUCUCCCCUGCCUCCACCCGCCCCAUCUCCCCCAGCCUGGCAGGCUCGGGCCCUGGGCACUGCGCGUCUGCAGCUGGUGGAGUUCUCGGCUUUUGUGGAACCGCCUGAUGCAGUUGACUCGUUCCAGAGACACCUGUUUGUCCACAUCAGUCAGCAGUGUCCCAGUCCCGGGGCACCGCCCCUGGAGAGUGUGGAUGUGCGGCAGAUCUACGACAAGUUCCCUGAGAAAAAGGGCGGCCUCCGGGAGCUGUAUGACCGAGGGCCACCCCACGCCUUCUUCCUGGUCAAGUUCUGGGCUGACCUGAACUGGGGCCCAAGUGGCGAAGAGGCAGGGACCAGUGGAGGCAGCGGAGGCUUCUAUGGAGUGAGCAGCCAAUAUGAGAGCCAGGAGCUCAUGACACUCACCUGCUCCUCCAAGGUCUGCUCCUUUGGCAAGCAAGUGGUGGAGAAGGUGGAGACGGAGCGGGCCCAGCUGGAGGACGGGCGCUUUGUGUACCGCCUGCUGCGCUCUCCCAUGUGCGAGUACCUGGUUAACUUCCUGCACAAGCUGCGCCAGCUGCCUGAACGCUACAUGAUGAACAGUGUCCUGGAGAACUUCACCAUCCUCCAGGUGGUGACAAACAGGGACACUCAGGAACUGCUGCUGUGCACGGCCUACGUCUUCGAGGUCUCCACCAGUGAGCGCGGAGCCCAGCACCACAUCUACCGCCUGGUCAGGGACUGAUGGACCUCAUCACCGGUUUUCCUCAGAACACCCCCGUCCCAGGAAGGGCCCUUCGGCUCUCCCUGUGCCCCUCAUUUGGGGGGGCCGGCUCCUAUUACAGGGGAACCCCAAAACUUGGGUGUUGAGCUGAAGGAGCUGAUUUAGAGGUUAGACCUCACAGGGGACGUUUGACAGGGGUUGGGGACAGGAGUGCACACCCACAGGUUCAGCACUGGCCUCUCGGUUGCUCUUCUGGAGAAGGGGGCUGUGGGGGAAUUACUCAUUGCCAUGUACCCUUCCUGCCCUCCCCCAUGUCCGCCUCUCCCACAUACCCUUUCUCUGAUCGGGGAUGUCCCAGCUUGGGGGCAGAGUGGGACCUGGAUUUUUUUUAAUAUAAGGAGAUAUUUAUACACAGUGUUAAGGAUGUAAUGUUAUCUCAGCUAGGCAAGCAGCGGGGUGGGACUUCCUAAUCUCGUCCCCAUUUUAAGUGAGCCACAGACCACCCUGCCACCUUCCUUUCCCCGAGAGUGAUGGUUUAUGUUCCGAAGGAGAAUAAAGCUAUUUUUACCAAAA